CUGGAUAUCUGCUGAAUGACUCUGUUCAUUCCCGCCUCAUGUGACUGGAGUUCUAAUGGCAACGCUGGGAAGAGUUGGAGAGUUGUGCUGGUAUUCAUUCAAUACAAUCCAACAAGUUGCUCAGGUUGUGUUGUGAAUGAUCUCAGUUUGUAUAACGAUCUGUCAUCCUUGGAACUUGAGUUAUUCUGCAAACGGCAGCUGACAGAUAACAAAAUGAAGGUCGCUGCUCUCCUUAUCCUUGGUUGUCUGGUUUGGGAAGGACUGGCAAAGCCUAAGUUUCCAGAACAAGAGAAGGACCCUAAUUUCUGGAAGGGCUUGGCUCAAAGCUCACUAAAAAAUGCUUUGACCCUCCAAGAGCUCAACAAGAACAUUGCCAAGAACGUCAUCCUUUUUCUUGGUGAUGGUAUGGGUAUAUCUACGGUCACAGCAGCACGGAUUCUAAAGGGUCAAAUGAGUGGAAAGAGCGGUGAGGAAACACAACUGGAGAUGGACAAAUUCCCCCAUGUUGCCCUCUCUAAGACAUAUAACACCAAUGCUCAGGUACCAGACAGUGCAGGCACUGCCACGGCAUAUCUGUGUGGGGUCAAAGCCAACGAGGGUACAGUUGGAGUGAGCGCAGCAGCUGUGAGAUCCCAGUGCAACACCACUCAGGGGAACGAGGUCACCUCCAUUCUUAAAUGGGCCAAAGACGCAGGCAAAUCAGUGGGCAUUGUCACAACAACACGAGUAAACCAUGCCACUCCGAGUGCCGCAUAUGCCCACUGUGUAGAUCGGGACUGGUAUUCAGACGGGGAAAUGCCACCUGAAGCACUGCAGAGUGGAUGCAAAGACAUUGCCAGACAACUCUUUGAAAAUAUCCCUGACAUUAAUGUGAUUAUGGGGGGUGGGCGGAAAUAUAUGUACCCCAAAAACACACCAGAUGUGGAAUACCCAGGAGACAAGAAACACAACGGUACACGCAAAGAUGGCAGGAACCUUGUGGGGGAGUGGAUUGACAGAGUGAAGGAUAAGAGAGGUUACUAUGUUUGGAACAAGAGGGAUCUCCUUUCCCUGAAUCCAAAUAAUGUGGAUUAUCUGUUGGGUCUGUUUGAGCCGGCAGAUUUGGCCUAUGAGCUUGAGAGAAACGAAGACGCUGACCCUUCCCUCACUGAGAUGGUAGAAGUGGCCAUUAAGAUCCUCAGAAAAAAUGAACGCGGGUUCUACUUGUUGGUCGAAGGUGGGCGCAUUGACCACGGACACCAUGAAGGCAAAGCGAAGCAGGCCUUACAUGAGGCAGUGGAAAUGGAUUUGGCCAUUACUCGAGCUGGUCUCCUCACCAGUGUUCAUGACACACUAACCGUCGUCACGGCUGAUCACUCUCAUGUCUUCAGCUUUGGAGGCUACACACCACGAGGAAACUCAAUCUUUGGUUUGGCCCCCAUGAUGAGUGAUAUUGACCAGAAGCCCUUCACAUCCAUUUUGUAUGGAAAUGGCCCAGGGUUCAAGUUUGUUAACGGAUCUAGAGAAAAUGUCUCAACUGUGGACUACGAGCACAACAACUAUCAGGCUCAGUCUGCCGUUCCCUUGAGCAUGGAGACUCAUGGCGGUGAAGACGUGGCCAUCUUCUCCAAAGGCCCCAUGGCUCAUCUUCUUCAUGGAGUCCAGGAGCAGCAUUACAUUCCUCAUGUCAUGGCCUACGCCGCUUGCAUCGGCCAAAACAAAGACCACUGCCGUACAACCUCCGGCUCCUCUUCUCUCAGCCACAUCUCCCCUACGCUGGCCAUCCUUCUUUCAGUUACAUGGUUUCUGUGCUGACCUCUCUCUUGUAUCCUACCGUGAUUAGAUCAGGAACUGAGUUUAUGAUUUUUUUGUAAUAUGUGAUUAGUUUUUAAAGCAUUUAUCAACUUCAGGACCAAUGUGUGGGCAUUUUAGAUAGGCUGAAGAUGUGAAGAGAUUCUGUUGCAAUGAUGGAAACAAAAUGUAAAAUGUCUUUUUUUUUUUUUUUUACUUGCCAUUUAAGCGACAUCACACAAGUACGGUGUUGUGAAUACCAGAACUGCUGUGAUUCAGUACAGCAAUGCAAAUGUGAGCGUGAUAUUGCUGUUCUCUAAAGAACAUAAUAAUGAAUAAUUGUGAUAAAAUCUGGCCAGCAAAAAUACUUAAGAAGGACGCCAAAAGAAAAAUAUCACGCUUUCUGUAUCGCAAGGCAACAGGCAGAUUGACAGUCUGUCUGGAACAGAUAAUGCAAAAUAGAGGAUCGGAACUAACUAUUGUUUAGCAAGCUCACAUUACACAGUUUUAGCUCUGAAAAGUCACAUGAGAUCAGUAAGAUUUUUUUUUUUUUCUUUUUGGAAAGAAUUCAAUGUACUCAACAAGGAUGCAUUAAAUUGAUUAAUUUUUAAAAACAUUUGUUACACAAAAGAUUUCUAGUUAAAUAAAUGCUUUUGAACUUUCUAUUCAUCAAGAAAUCCUAAAAAUCCUAUCAUAGUUUCCACAAAAAAAAUAAGCAGCACAUUAAUAGUAAACAUUAAUAGUAAAAAGAGAUGUUUCUCGAGAACUAAAUCAGCAUAUUAGAAUGAUUUCUGAAGGAUCCUGUGACACUUAAUAAUAAAGUAUAUUAAAAUAGAAAACUGUCUUUAAAUUGUAAUAAUAUUUCACAAAAAUAUUUUUUUUUACAGAGCACCUAAAGGGACAUUGUGGUGGAAAAACUUUGGGAUGGGAGAAAAAAAUAUAUUUCAAUGCUUUUGCAUUGCUCGCAAAAGUUUUGUGUUCCCUCUAGAAACUUUGCGUUCGCUCGCAAAAAAAAAGGUUUUGCAACCCGAACACAAAGUUUCAUGGGUGAACACAAACAUUUUUGCGAGCAAACACAAACUUUCUUGGGUGAACGCAAUAGUUUUGCGAGAGAAUGCAAAAACAUUAACAUAUCAUUUUUCCUCCCAUCUCAUAUUUUUUCCAUCACUUUGUCCCUUUAGGGGCUCCAUAGUUUUUACUGUAUUUUUUACUGUAUCAAAUAAAUGCAGCCUUGUUGACCAUAAGAGAGACAUACUGUCCCAGGUGAAAAAAAAAAAAAAGUACAUUUCUAUAAUGUAUCUAAAGUGCUCUAUUUUUGCGCACUAAUUUUGUACUUAAUAUACUAAAAAUUGUUCUUUAGUACUUCUUAAGGUAAUCUUAAGAACAUCUAAGUGUACUCAACUGUGCUAUUUUGAGACACCAUGAAAUAUAAACUAAAAUGUGCUUUUAAUAUACUACCUCUGUAUUUAAAAAAAAUGUAUUUGGAUACUACUUAUAGUACAUUUGAACCCUGGUUUCACAGACAAGGCUUAAGCUAGUCCUAGACUAAAAUGCAUGUUUGAGCGGUUUUAAACUGAAAGAAACUUGUACUGACAUAUCUUAAAAUACGUCCCUGCCAUUGUUUUUUUUCUCAAGAUGCACACAAGUAAUAUUUUUUUCUAGUGUACGUUUAUAAAAGCUACUGUCUGUGAAACCGGGCCAUAGUGUACUACAAGUGGUAACUAAAUAUAGUUUUUAAAUACAGAGAUCGUAUAUUAAAAGCACAUUUUAGUUCAUAUUUCAUGGUGUCUCAAAAUAGCACAGUUGAGUACACUUAGAUGUUCUUAAGAUUAUCUUAAGAAGUACUAAAGAAGAAUUUUUAGUAUAUUAAGUACAAAAUUAGUGCGCAAAAAUAGAGCACUUUAAGUACAUUAUAGAAGUGUACUUUUUUUCCACUGGGUGAGCCCAAACUUUUGAACAGUAGUGUGUGUCAGCAGAUGUUUUAAUGAUGAUAAGAUGUACAGAAUAAUUACAACACCGUUCUUUUCAGAAGAUGUGGACAGUGAGUUUGAGAGCUGUGCAGUGUGAGCUUGGUCAGCAAAGCGAUUAAAUUAAAUGAGUAGAACUAUAACAAGAAUAUUCAUUAAAUAAAGAUGUUGUAACAUAUCAUAUGGCCUAUGGCAAAAUGACUCUACUUAUAAGGAUUCUUUCACUCAGCAUUUUUCUAUUUUUUUUUUUUCCUACAUUUGAAAUCAAAUACAAUCUACCUCACUGGCAUGUGAUGCCCACCUGCAUUACAUUCCCCUGUGAAGACCAGUUCAAAACUCCAAUGAAAGUCACUCGUUUUGAGCAACUAUCACUAUUUUAAUUGUUACUUUUACAAAGGACUAUUCUCCUUUACUAGUCAAGUCAUGUUUUUUACUUUUUUUUUUUUUUUUAAGAGGAAUCCCUCAUAUGCAAAACAAUAAUGUACAUUAAAAUGACUGGAAAUGCUACUAAUUACUGUACAUCUUCAACAGUGUAAUUAGAUUACUGUACUAAUUACUCUCUCUAAAAAGUAUCGGAUUACUUAUUACUAAUUAAAUCUUAUUUCAACUUUAACCAGUUGAACAAUCCAAGGAUAGACAUGAAACUACAGUUUUAAUUCUUUCAAAUAAGCAUAUACAACUGCAUAAUUUAUUCUUGAACUGACCAAAGUGUGUAAAGGGAGAAGGUGACAUUAAAAACAUUAGAUGUUGAAUUUUGAUGUUAAAUCCACUAUUGUUUUAUAUAGAAUUGUUGUAUAGUCUAUACAGUAAUGCAAUUUCAUCAGAAGUAACUGUAAUUAAAUAAAGAGUAAUCCCUUACUUUACUUUUUCAAGGGAAAAGUAAUUAGAUUACUUAGUAAUCAACACUGAUCAUUAUGUUGAUUGAUCUGAAACAGAACUGUAUCUGUAAACUGUUUGAUCAUCAGACCAAUUGUGGUGUAUGUUUUUGAAGUACUGUUUAUCUUUUAUGUUUUCACAUUUUAUUGAGUGCAGAAUCUGAUUGGUGGUGCAAUUGUUUGUUUAUUUGUUUGUUUAUAGUCUCUCUAUGAAUGUAGGAAGUACAUAAAUAAUGACAAACAUAAAGUAAAUGACAGAGAGGUUAUUUUCCUUGGCUAUUCACUUGAACCCAAAUUCAAAUAUGCUGUCAGAGCAGACAUUGCAAAAGUCACUAAAAUAUACGAAGUUCUGGAAAUGCAAGAAAGAUUUCACAAUAAAGGAAAAAUGUGUGGGGAGAAA